AUGGCGGCCCAGUAUCCAGCUCAGAUGAACUUCCUCGCUCCUCGCAAGCCAGAGGAUGGGCCUACCUUCUACCGAUCCGCAGCCGCAGAGGGAUUUGAGACCAGCAACUUCCACCAAGAGCCGUAUAGUGUCACUGUAACGGAUGCCCGGCCACAGAGAGAUUCCUUCCAGCUAGACACCCACGGGUUUGCCUUCGCCGUGGACCCAGAGGGCAGCCAGCCAGAGGUGUUGGAGGCCAUCCGCGCAGGCGACAAGGAGACCGUCCAGAAGCUCUACUACCCGCUGGUUGAGAAGCUGAUCAAAGACCACACCGGAGCAUCAAGGGUAUUCAUAUUUGACCAUACCGUCCGACGCCGGGAGGCCUCUUUGGCAGGCAAGAACCCCAACGGCCGUGAGCAGCCUGCGGGCACACAUCUCCCCGAGGAGGCAGACGAGCUGCUUAAGGGGCGGGCUCGAAUCGUCAAUGUCUGGCGCCCGCUAAAGGGCCCCGUCCUCGACUGGCCGCUGGCUGUGAUGGACUGCACGACGCUGCAGAAGGCCGAUAUCCAUCCAACAAAGCUGUAUCGCGGCCGCUUCGAGCUGCGCGGCGAGACGGUCAGCAUCAGCCACAACGCCGGACAGCACUGGUACUAUCUCGACAGGCAGCAGACGGACGAGAUCACCAUGAUCAAGAUCUGGGACAGCAAGGACGUUGCCGGACACAGUGAGUUCUUUUUCUUUCUGUUCUUUUGCACCGGCUGA